AUGCCUCAAGAAUUCUACUAUGAAUCCGAUGAGUCGGAUUUCUCCGAGACCGACAUCUCCAUCCAUGCGGGCGGCCGAAGAGGCGGUCGUGCGACCGUCCGUCGACGCUCCGUCUCCCGCCAUCACCGUCCAGAGUUCCGCGAAACUCUCAUGGUCCCGGUGCAGCAGACCACGCGGGUGCACCGAUCGGCCUCCACCGGUGGCCGCCGACACCGCGAGCGCGCCGAGGCUCAGCGCUCUGACACGAGCAAUACCAACAAGCCUCGCCGGGUCCAGCAAAAGAUCUAUGAGCCCGACUGGGACGAGGAGGUGGUAUCGCCACGUCGUCGGGCUGCCGCCGCCGCCGCCAUCUCGCGCGAAGCCUCACCCAAGCAGGUGCAGCAGGUGCACGUGGAGCGAGAACAUGAACGCGGGCGCGAACGGGAUCCCGAACUCUUACUGAACCAAAAGUUGCUGGAGAGAAGCGAUAUGCGGCAGGAUCUGGAGAUCUGGAAACAGCAGCAGGAGAUUGAGCGGCUGGAACGGGAGCUGGAGAAGCAUCGUGAGCGGGCCGAGCCGCGUGAUCCACGCGAGUCGCGAAUCCUGCGUGAGGAAGAGUGGUACGAGGACGAGAUCAGCGACCGACUGCGUCGACUGGAGCGGUUUGAACGCAAGAAUCGUGCCGAGGAAGAGCGACGAAAUGUGGAGAAGGAAUGGCGUCUGAAGAAACUCGAGGAACAGGAACGCGAGGCCGCCGAGCACAAGAUCUGGCGGCUCAAGAGACUCGAGGAGGCGGAGAAAGAAGCCGCCGAGCGGGAAGAACUCAAACAAAAAAUUCGCGAGGAGAAGUUGAAAGAGAUUGUCCGGCAAAAGGAAGAGGAAGAGGAGCGAGAGCGAAUGCGACGGGAGUUCCUCGAGGAGGAACGACGCAAAGCAGCCCGGGCCAAGGAAGAAGAGGAGGAGCGUGAGAAACUGCGACGAGAGUUCCUCGAGGAGGAACGACGCAAAGCAAUUCGGGCCAAGGAAGAAGAGGAGGAGCGUGAGAAACUGCGCAGGGAGUUCCUGGAAGAAGAACGCCGCCGAGCAGCCGCCGAGGAGGAGAAAAAGAAGCAAGAGGCGGCGAUGAAAGCCGCCGCCGUCGAGGAAUGGAAGUUGGAACAGGAGCGGAUCCGACAGCGGCAGCAAGAGGAGGCGAUCAAGAAAGAUCGGGAAUUCCGCGAGCGGCUGCGCCUCGAAUUCGGCUACACCGAGGAAGAAAUUGAAGAGAUUCUCAAAAAGAAGGAAAAGGAGAAGAAGGAGAAGAAAGAGGAGAAGAAGGAAAAGAAAGAGCACAAAGAGAUUGCGGUGAAGGAGGAAUUCAUCGAAGAAAAGACAACCUGGAUCAAGGUUCACCGCAAGCAUCUUCUCCCCGAAACUCUUCUCGCCUACAACCUGCCAUGGGACUGGGAUGAGCGUGAUAGCAACUACAUUAUCAUCAAGCGCUGGAUCACCGAAGAUUUCCAGGAGGAGCUCUUCGCCCAUACUCGUCGCCUUCGCGAGGGCAAGCUCGUAGCGCAGACCUCCAGCUCGACCACCGAACUCAAAAUCAACGACCGCAACAAGGACAAGAUGUACCUGGUGCGGAAGAAGAGCCCCAGUCGCCGACUCCGCAUCUUUGCUUAA